UCUCAGAAAGCGUGUUAAUUGUUACUUGUUAGUAGCAGAGAAGAAGAAAACAGACCUUUCUCUUUCCUCCCUCCGCGCUUCUUCGUCGGGCAUCCUCGCCGUCGCCGUCGGCGAUCUUUGUCCUGUUUCCGGCGAAUUUCCAUUCCAGAUUUGAAAUCUUGAAGUGGGUUUUAACAUAACAGAGGCGAAGAAAUGGUGAAGGUGCGUAUGAACACGGCCGAUGUGGCCGCCGAGGUGAAGUGCUUGAAGCGUUUGAUCGGCAUGAGAUGUUCCAACGUCUAUGAUAUAUCUCCGAAGACUUAUAUGUUCAAGCUUAUGAAUAGCAGCGGAGUGACAGAAUCUGGAGAGAGCGAAAAAGUGUUGCUCUUGAUGGAAAGUGGUGUCCGUUUGCAUACCACUGCUUACGUCCGGGACAAGAGCAAUACUCCAUCUGGGUUUACUCUGAAGUUGAGAAGGCACAUUCGUACCAGGAGGCUUGAGGAUGUACGCCAGAUCGGUUACGAUAGGAUCAUUCUCUUCCAGUUUGGGAUAGGUUCUAAUGCCCAUUAUGUGAUAUUAGAGUUGUAUGCUCAAGGAAACAUUAUUCUUACAGAUUCUGAGUUUACCGUCAUGACACUCCUUCGAUCACACAGAGAUGACAACAAGGGUUUUGCUAUCAUGUCCCGCCACCGUUACCCGAUUGAGAUCUGCAGAGCCUUUGAGAGAACAUCGUUUUCUAAGCUGGGGGAAGCCCUUACAACUUUCUCUCCGAAGGAUCAUGAAGCUGAAAGUAAUGAACUGAAGGAGCAGAAUGGGAAGCAAAAGGGUGGGAAAACAAAUGAUGCUGCUCGUGCCAAACAACUUACUUUGAAGAAUAUUCUAGGCGAGGCACUGGGUUAUGGCCCUCAGCUUUCUGAGCACAUAAUUCUGGAUGCUGGUCUUGUUCCAAGUAAGAAGGUUUCAGAAGACAACAAGCUAGAUGAUGAUAAGAUUCAGUCGUUGGCACAAGCUGUCGCUAGAUUUGAGGAUUGGCUCGAGGAUAUUAUGCACGGUCAAAAGAUUCCUGAAGGUUAUAUUCUAAUGCAGAAACAAAGUUUGGAGAAGAAAGACCUCCCUUCUGAAUCAGGAGGUGUUAGAAAGAUGUAUGAUGAAUUCUGUCCAAUCUUAUUAAACCAAUUCAAAUCAAGAGAAUACGACAAGUUCGAAACUUUUGAUGCGGCUUUAGACGAAUUCUACAGCAAAAUCGAGAGCCAAAGGGUAGAACACCAACAGAAGGCAAAAGAAGAUUCUGCGAUUCAGAAACUCAAUAAGAUACGUCAGGAUCAGGAAAAUCGAGUCCAAAUGCUGAAGAAAGAAGUGGACCAUUCUGUAAAAAUGGCUGAAUUAAUCGAGUAUAACUUAGAAGAUGUAGAUGCUGCUAUAUUAGCUGUUCGUGUAGCUCUUGCAAAAGGUAUGAGCUGGGAUGAUCUUGCUCGCAUGGUUAAGGAGGAACGAAAAUCUGGAAAUCCCGUGGCUGGGCUUAUCGACAAGCUUUAUCUCGAGAGGAAUUGCAUGACCUUGUUACUCUGCAACAAUCUUGAUGAAAUGGAUGAUGAUGAGAUUACUCUCCCAGUGGAAAAGGUAGAAGUUGAUUUGUCACUCUCGGCGCAUGCCAAUGCUAGGCGGUGGUAUGAAAUGAAGAAGAAACAAGAGAGCAAACAGGAGAAGACUGUCUCUGCUCAUGAAAAAGCUUUCAAAGCAGCCGAAAGAAAGACACUUCACCAGCUUUCUCAGGAGAAAACUGUUGCAACCAUUUCACACAUGAGGAAGGUCCACUGGUUUGAGAAGUUCAAUUGGUUCAUUAGCAGCGAGAACUACCUUGUCAUCAGUGGCCGCGAUGCCCAGCAAAAUGAGAUGAUAGUGAAACGCUACAUGUCGAAAGGAGACCUGUAUGUUCAUGCAGAUCUUCAUGGAGCUUCGAGUACCGUGAUAAAGAAUCAUAAGCCGGAACAACCUGUACCACCUCUCACUUUAAACCAAGCCGGAUGCUUUACUGUUUGUUAUAGUCAGGCAUGGGAUUCAAAGAUCGUUACAAGUGCGUGGUGGGUGUAUCCUCAUCAGGUCAGUAAAACAGCUCCAACUGGAGAAUAUCUUACGGUUGGAAGCUUCAUGAUACGUGGCAAGAAGAACUUCCUUCCGCCUCACCCUCUCAUAAUGGGUUUCGGAAUGUUGUUUCGUCUUGACGAGAGCUCGUUGGGAGCGCAUUUAAACGAGAGAAGGGUAAGAGGUGAAGAGGAAGGAGCGAAUGAUACAGGGGAAAGCCAUCCUCCCGAGCUGGAGCAUUCAGAUACUGAGUCGGAGAAUGAAGUUGCGGUUGAAGAGGUUGCCACAACAAAAGAAGUUGAUUCACAGGAACCGAAAGCAGAAGUGACCCGAAUCUUGGAUUCUGCAGAUGGCAUGAAUUCUUCAUCCGAAAUUGGUGGAGACGAUGUAGCUUCAGCUACCUCUCAGCUUGAGGAUCUUCUUGAUAGAACGCUUGGGCUCGGGGCUGCAGCAGUGACAAGUAAGAACCAUUCAAUGGAUACAUCAAAGGAUGAUGAGGAUGAGGGGCAUGGAGAGAAGAAAACAGGAGUGAGAGACAAGCCCUAUAUAUCGAAAGCCGAGAGAAGAAAGCUUAAGAAGGGCCAAAGCAGUAACACAGCCACAGAUGGUAGCCCCGAGCAAGGAAAGCAGAAGGAAAAGGAGAAGGAAAAGGCCAGCCAAGUCGGUAAGAACGUGCCCGGUAAUAAGCCAAGCAUCGGGAAAGUUAGUCGUGGGCAAAAAGGCAAACUCAAGAAAAUCAAGGAGAAGUACGCUGAUCAAGACGAAGAAGAAAAACGGAUACGGCUAGCACUAUUGGCGUCCUCUGGGAAAGCCCAGAAGAAUAUCGAGGAAUCACAGAAUGGAAAUGCGGCUGUCGCAAAUGACAAGAAACCUUCUGCCGAUACCGAAGGUGCUCCUAAGUUAUGUUAUAAGUGUAAGAAAGCAGGUCAUCUUGCCAAAGAUUGUCGAGAAAAUCGGGAAGACUCUGCAGAGCUGGACAAAGUGGCAAUGGAAGAAGAGGACAUUCACGAGGUCGGUGAAGAAGAGAAAGGAAAACUGAUCGACGUUGAUUACCUAACGGGAAACCCAUUACCCACCGACAUUCUUCUGUACGCUGUCCCCGUCUGCGGCCCUUACAACGCCCUUCAAUCGUACAAAUACAAAGUCAAGUUAAUCCCGGGAACCGCCAAGAAAGGGAAAGCCGCAAAGACAGCAAUAAAUCUGUUCAGCCACAUGCCCGAGGCGACGACCAGGGAGAAGGAACUGAUGAAAGCUUGUACGGAUCCCGAGCUGGUGGCUGCUAUGGUCGGGAACGUGAAGAUCACAGCCGCCGGUCUGUCACAGCUCAAGCAGAAGCAGAAGAAGGGCAAGAAGAGUGGCAAGAACCUGAGCUAAAAACCGGUUUUUUCACUUCAACUGUGAACAUCUUCACUUCUUGUUGGCUUGUUGUUCUUUUGGUGUUCAUGUUAACUUGUAAUAGAAAUAAGUUAGUGGAGAUUGUUCAACAUCACAACACAAACGUUGUUUUCCUUUGAGAAAACCUAUUUUAAAGAUGUCCCAAUUUUUUUA